AUGAGCGGGUUGGGGGGCUCGACGAUGCAGAGCCAGGAGCAGAUGCGGAUGAUGCAAAUGAUGCAAGAGAUGCAGAUGGUGGACUCGCUGCGCAUGUACAACGAACUGGUCGAGCGCUGCUUCGGCCAUUGCGUCGAAACGUUCCGAUCGCGCAAGCUCGACGGCAAGGAGGAAGCGUGCAUUCGGAAAUGCAGCGAGAAAUUCGUCAAGUUUGCGGCAAGGGCCGGCGAACGGUUCCAAGAACACCAGAAGGAGAUGGCCGAGGAGGCUGCAAAGGCACAAGGAAUGUAAAUAUUUGUGCGACUAGGGUCGACAUGUGUUUCGUCUGCGAUGUUCAAACGCAGAAGGUUGGCUUGGCAUUAAGAUCUGGCACUAAGAUCUAGUUUACUUUCAUCCCCUCUGCUCGCUUGUUGUCUCGACGAGCGGCUAGAGUCUCAAUGCGGGCUUCCUCUCCAAAUCCUAGAGCUCGCGACAAGGGGGAAAGCUUGUAUUUGCACCGCGCAGCCACUCGGCAUGCGGAUGCUGCGGAUGUGAAGGUCGCUAUCCAGACUAGUUUUACCCUCCAGAGAACGUACGCUUUCACUAUACUAAACGCGGCGAGUGAGCUGUGGCGUAGUGCGGUAGAGCUCUAGUACCAAAACGCCACAAAUUUUUGUCAGGCAGUAUGAACGCGGACUGAGA